AAACACCUGCGCAGAAAGCUGCGCAGUUGGUUCUUUAAUCAAGAGUGAUGGAGGCGAAUGUUUUGAUGGAGUAUAGAGACUAAAAAAGCUCCGGUUUUGUGGCGUCAAACACAACUGCUGCAUCAACCGUUGUUGUAUUAUGUGCUGUAACAGAUCUGAGACGAAUUUAAUUUGACUAAGCAAGAAAGGAUCGGUUAGCUAAUAUCGUUUGUUGCGGCGGCCUAGCUAACAUUAGCUAGCGCUGUGAAGUUGGGACAUAGCUUUCAUUUAAUGAGCUCACUGUGAGGCCCUCUUUUAACCUGCUGUGUUUUUCAUGACACCACAGCUCCACCGGGAACUAUAUCAUUAUCUGUGUGGCUAUAUUGAUCAAAGAUUACCUUACCUUUAAUUGAAGUAAGCUCGUCGGAAAGCGUGAGUACGGCUUCUUGAGACAUAAUCAAGGGGAAGUGGUUAUCCAUGUCCACGAGUUACUCCAGAUUAAUACUCUUUAAUAACAUCAGCAAACAUGUCUUUAGUUGCUUAUGGCAGCAGUGAUGAUAGUGACUCAGAAGAAACCUCGACCUCUGCCGCACCGGAGAGCAAAGUCAGCACAGGGGGGCUCUUCUCUCUCCUACCUGCUCCUAAAAAGCCAAGAUCAGCAGGAGGAAACUAUGGACCAAACAAGGAGACAAAAGCGAAUCCUUCAGCAGGGGACGGCACGUCAAGCGACGACCUAGAUCCUCAGCCAUCUAAAGGAGGCUUAUUUUCUAGCCUGCCUAAGCCGAGGAAGCGAACAGAGCCUGUCAAGAUCACUGUACCACAGAUCCAGAGACGGGAUUCAGACUCUGAUGAUGAUGAACCAGCAAAAAAGAAACUACAACCUCAGGGUGCAGGUUCAGGCCUUUCCUCCCUUCUACCACAACCCAAAAACCUGACAGUGAAGGAGACCGAUAGACUCCUGAUUCCUCACACACUCACCAAGCGCCAAGAACCGAAAGUACCCAAGCCUGGAACACCUGCUCAGGGUCUGCUUGGUUCUAGUGCAUCCCCCUCUGCUAUCAAAGCUGCAGCAAAGUCAGCCGCCCUGCAGCUGGCUAGACAAAUAGCCACUGACGACCAGGAUAACGAGGAGGACAUAACCCCACAGAACUACUUUUCUCUGGGCGAGAGCUCCCAGCCUCUCCCUGCAGUUGUCCCAAGCUUAGACCCUGAGCCAGGGGCCCCUGUAGAGCUUCUCCCUCUUGCACCUGCAGAUGAACCUGGUCAGUCAGACGCCCCUCUCGACUUCGGGGGGAACCAUGAAGGAGCUGGUGCAUGGGGAGGUCAAUAUCCUCAGUAUCAACAGCCCAUGGCAGGCCCAGAAGCUUUGCCUCAGGGAUAUUAUAAUGAACCAUACUACCAAGAUCCUAACUCCGGACUGACAGAGGCUGAAGAGCCUGGCCACUCUGCCAUGUUUGAUGAUGAAGCGUUCAUGCGGCUGCAAGGGAAACGGAACAGGGGCAAAGAGGAGGUGAAGUUUCUGGAGAUCAAAGGUGACGACCAGCUGAGUGGCAACCAGCAGUGGAUGACCAAGAGCAUGACAGAAGAGAAGCAGAACCGUCAGUCCUUCAGCAAGAAAAAAGGAGAACAGCCUACAGGACAGCAGCGACGCAAACAUCAGAUAACGUAUCUCAUUCACCAGGCAAAGGAACGGGAGUUGGAGCUGAAGAACAACUGGGCAGAUAACAAGCUAACUCGCCGGCAGACCCAGGCCAAAUAUGGUUUCUAAAUGUCACUCUGUGGACUCUUGCAGGCAUGUGGAAACCCUGCAUCAGAAAGUAGAGUAGAGGUUUCCAGAUUUCCCUACACAAAGGGAAAAUGUGUGCUUGGGAAGAAACUAUACACACCUUAAUACAGAUUAUCCCCUCCUGCCCUCCCUCCUCCUAUAUUUGUGUUGAAUUGUUAAUACUCAGUAGUUCUUUUGGUCAACCGUUUGAUAAGAUGUUACUCCUGUACCAAAAAUCCAGUCACAGUAAAUAUAGGCGCUAUACCUUCAUAGCAAUGUAACCAUGUUUUUAAGGUACCUGUGGCCAGUCAGUGGGAGAGAUGAUGUAAUGUGACUCUGAAGUGGCCAUUUUAAAUGUUUUCCUUUUGAAUGUGUAUGCUUCCUGUUCAUACAGCGAACAUUGAUGUAUGACUCCUUUUUUUGUGUGUGUGAUAAAGAUAGAUGACGCUACAAACCAGGUUUGGUUCUCUGGCAGUCACGUUAGUAAAAUGUUGCCGUUGAUAAUGAGAAAUUAACUGGAGUCAUUAGAAAGCUGUGACACAUGACAUAUUUAUACGCUGAAUCAACAACUUUGUAAUAAAAAAAUAAAGAUGUUGGAAUACAUGUUGCAGUUGCUCAUGAGGACUCAUUGAAUUAAGGGCGUAAAAGUUGUCUGUGUCUAUAUUUCAUCCUUAAUUUUUUUCUUCUUUUUAAAUUUUCUGAUUCUCAUUUUUCUGAAAACUCAGCUAAGUUGUGAAGGAACAUACCUGCAUCUUAAGUUUUACAGAAAUGAAUUGCCAGAGAACCAAACAUGCAUUUCAGUUUCAGCUGGUUCUUUAGCUACCAUCUGAGAACCAUCAGAGAGAACCUGGCUGCAUCCCACACGCAUCUUACAGAUUCAGUUUUCUCCUAAAUCCCAAUGAUUGAUGAUUGGUGCCGUCAAAAUGAAUCAGGAAUAUCUGUGUAUGUGGCUUGUCCACUGCCAGUGAGCCAGAAGAAGAUGCUGAAGACUGAUAAGGGAAACUGCUGUGAACUGUUCAAUGGGGUGAAACUAAAUACAGAGCUUCAUAUGUAAACUAUGGCUAGGUGUGGUGGCGGCUCUGUAGACGUCCAUUACUGUACCAACACGACACAACCUGAUCUGCCUCCAAACUUACUCUGAUGUUUGGCAGAAACAUACCAGCAGUCCAGGAUAUCGAUUCCCUUCAUAGUCAUGGUACAUACCGCCUGCAGGACUCGUGUCACUGGCCAAACAGCCCAAAGCAAGCAGCUGACAGUCUGAAUACAUAUCCUCCCUCACACAUACCUUAGAGACAGGAAUAUAAAUUAGAGCUUAAACUGACUGAAUGUUUCUUGUGCGAGUUCCAGCUUUUUUUCUUUAUCCUUGACAUCUCUUGGACAGUGCAAAGGGAGUUUGGGUGAAAUAAUGAGAAGAUUUCUUUAAAAUUAAUCAGACAUUCACGGCACUCUUUGGUUAAUUUCACAUCUGUGUCUCCUGGGACAAAAACAAGCAGACACUAAACACAGACACUGACAUUACAGAUUCAGUGACUAACAUGUUUGAUGGCAUUGCUGGGAAAAAGAAAUGUUCCAUUAUACUUCUGUUACACGUAUUGUGCAGUUCAAAUUCAUGAAUAAAUCUUUUCCUUUCCUGGCUCCUA